CAAACAUGUUUAUUGAACUUGUCUUGGUGACAUUCGCUUAUAUUUUUACACCAUUUUACGUCGAUUAUUUAAUUAAUUUUCCAUUUUUGCAUUUAUAAUUAAACAAAUGGUUUACCCGCACACGUAUCGAACUGAGCACAGCGAAACCAAAACCACUAAUUCGGUUUACGGGGAAUAUUAUGCGGCGAAAACCAGCAAAAAAAUUAAAAUCCAACCCGAUCUCUUAAAGAUCCUUCAGUACAUUGAUUCCAAUAGAGCGCUAUUUCUUGAAGACUUGACAGAAAUUGUGAAAAUUAAAUCUGUUAGCAGUAAGCAAAAAUAUCGGGAUGAUGUCUACCAAAUGAUACAUUUUACCGAGGAGUGGCUUAAGAAACUUGAAAUGAAGUAUGAAUGCUUUAAUAUCGGUCAUUAUGUCUUGGAAGGAAAAAAAGUUCGAAUUCCUUCGGUCAUUUUGGCUUCCUUGGGAAAUGACCCGCAGAAAAAAACGGUUUGCGCGUAUUUGCACCUAGACGUGCCCGAACCCAGGAAAGACGAAUGGAAGACUGAUCCAUGGACUUUAACUCAGAUUAAUAACUGCUUUUACGGAAACGGCGCCUCUUGUGGUAAAGGUCCUUUAAUGAUGUGGUUCCAUGUCAUCCAAGCAUUUCAAGGGUCCAACAUGCCUUUGCCGGUAAAUAUCAAAUUUAUAAUCGAAUUUAUGAACCACGAAGACAGUUGUGGAUUGGCGGGGUUCCUUCCUACAAGGGUUCAGGACUUUUUUGCUGGGGUUUACAAUUUGGUCGUUUGUGAGUCUGAGUGGAUCGGCGAGAAGCAUCCCUGUUUAAUUUAUGGAUGUGUUGGUAUGAUUCAUUUUGAAUUAGCGAUAACUAAGACGGAAAAUUCAAAAACUGACAUAAAAGACGACAUGGACACUGUGGUUUCCAACCUCGUGGACGACAAAGAAAAUAUUUUAAUAACCAACUUUGGGGAAUAUGUGGAACAAAUAACACCCGACGAGGAAAAAGUUUAUGAGAACAUUAAAGAUUUCGAACCCGAUGAUAUAAGGGAUUCUUUGCCGGACUUCAAAAAAUCGUGGGAUCAAGUGAAACUUUUAAUGAGUUUCUGGCGAUUACCGUCACUGUACGUGCACGAAACUUUGGAGUGUGUCUGCGAUAAGAAAGACUACAGCAAGAUCAAGAAGAUUUUUACCAUCAAAAUUGUUCCUAGACAGGUCGUCGAUAAAGUGGAAAAAUUCGUUAGAAACCACAUUAAAACCGUCGUCAAGGAAAAAGGCAUUGAAAACACCGUUGCGGUAAAAAUGAUUCACUCUAAGAGGCCAUGGUUUGAGAACUUUCGGCUUCCUUGUUAUCAUGCUGCCAGAAGGGCCAUUACCCAGAUUUACAAAGAAGACCCCAAUAUGAUCCGGGAGGCCAAAGCCCGGGAGGCAGUAACGAUCCUGGAUCGAAUUUUGGAAAAGAGUAUCUUGAUGCUACCGCUCACUUGUCGAGGUUCCAACCCUGGGGAAUCGAAUGAAAACAUCACUUCCAGAAAUUACUAUGAAGGAACAAAAGUUAUCGCUGCCUAUUUAUUUCAGACUUCUUAUAUAAAAGACAAUUAGUUUUUAUGUAUAUAAGUUAGAAUAUAAUAUGUUUUUUUGAA